AUGCACUUCCUAUCAACCUCCCUCCUUACCACCAUCACAACCGCCCUCCUCCUCCCAACCCUCACACCUGCCAACCCCGUCUACCAGCCCCAGAACCAAACCAAUUACCAGAACCAAACCAAUUACCAGAACCAAACCAAUUACCAGAACCAAAGCAGUUACCAGAACCAAAGCAGUUACCAGAACCAAACCUCCUACCAAAACCUUGAAACCACCCAACUCGGUCACGCAAUCGUCCGCAACAACUGCGUAUUUCCCAUCUACCUCUGGUCCGUAUCCUCGACCGUCGGCGAGCAGCAAAACAUAACCCAGGGCGCCUUCUACGCCGAGACAUUCCGGCAGGAUCCGCAAACCGGCGGCGUGAGCAUCAAGCUCACGACUGUGCCGGACGGGCUCUCGACCUCUGCGCCGCAGACUAUCUUCGCGUAUACCCUUGUUGCGGAUAGGGUUUGGUAUGAUCUGUCAGAUGUCUUUGGGGAUCCGUUCAGGGGUAGUAGGGUGGUUUUGGAUGGGGAGGUUACGGAUAUUGUUUGGGAGAUGGGGGUGCCGCCUGCUGGGUCUAGGGUUGGGAAUCAGAGGGCGGGGGUGGAUUUGGUUUUGACGCUCUGUUAG